CCAUAGUAGUGAGUUUGCUCUGAUAUAAAUAAUUUCCACAUCUGAAUGUUAAACACAGUCAGUCGUCUACAUUCAUCGUGUGGAUUAGAAUUAGACAAGAAAGAAUGAGAUUACUAUUAGCCUUUACUUUGGUGGCKGCUGCCACAGCUGAUGUGUCCCACCUUUUUUCGCAUAGCGAUAACCUUCAGGAUGAUGGAUAUCACUACAAUAAACCAAGCGGUGGAGCAAUUGUAGACAUCCCGGCUUCCCAUAGACACUCUGCUUCAGCUCCUUCUCAAUCAGGCUAUCAAGGUGCUGCAUCUUAUCACUCUGGCUCAUCUUAUAGCGCUGGUGGAGCUCCUGCAGCCUCUUAUGGAUCGGUUGGGUCUAGUGGCUCUUCUUAUCAAGCAGCUUCAGCUCCGGCUGCUGUUUACUCAAGUGGCUCAUCUUACCAAUCGGUUUCAGCUCCUGCUGCAUCUGGAUCAUAUUCGGGUAGUUCAAAGUACUACRCAGGAGCAGCAUCAGCUCCAGCUCCUUCUUAUUCACAUACCCACCAUGCAGCUCCCUCUGCAUCGUCUUAUCAAGCAGUUUCAGCACCCGCAACUUCUUAUUCACAAGGCGGGUCUCACCAAGCUACUUCUGGAGCUCCUGCAGCCUCUUAUGGAUCGGUUGGGUCUAGUGGCUCUUCAUAUCAUGCCGCUUCUGCUCCUGUUGCCUCGUAUGGGUCAUCUCAUCAAUCUUCUUCUGCUUCUGCUCCCACUGAUUCCUAUUCACAUAGCUCGAGUCAUCAAGCCGCAUCAGCUCCAGUUGCAUCCUAUUCCGGCAGUUCAUCUAACCGAGUUUCUUCAAAUAUUGGUGGCGCUGGUUCUUUCUCCAGCUCAUCUUCUUCUGCUUCASUUUCGUCCCGUUUCGGUGCUGGSGCAAAAGAUGAAAGUGGAUACCAUUAUGAAACUCCCAAAACCCCAUUUGAAAGUCGACCGGAACCUGUAAAAGAAUAUUUACCACCACCAGCACCAAAAAGGCCUCCACCACCACCGCCGCCAGCACCCAAACGUCCACCACCACCUCCGCCAGCACCUAAACGUCCACCACCACCACCAUCUCCACCAAAAGAAUAUCUGCCACCCGCACCAACCAAUAAACCAGCUCCUCCAGCGCGCCCUYCACCACCACCUCCACCAGCUCCAAARCGUCCACCUCCCUCACCACCAAAAGAGUAUCUCCCUCCACCACCAACAAAUAAACCAGCACCACCAGCGCGUCCUCCACCACCACCAUCACCACCAAAAGAAUAUCUUCCACCAUCCUCUGGACCAAAAGGGUACAAUUAUCCUAAUGAUCCACAGCCACCUUUCACCUCCUAAGCAAAAUCAAAUAUCUAGCUAGCGAAUAGCUAGCUAAAGAGACUCUAUCUAGUAUUAGUCAACUAUAACAUAUAUUUUUUGUUAAUGAAGAGAUUUCCUUCUACAUCUUUUCCCUGUACAGCCCUAAGAAGCCGAUAACAUUUUAAAUCAAUAAAGUUUCUACAUUGAAAAUUAU